AAGUGCUGUGCUCUAUAAACUCUGCUUUAAGAGUCUGCUGGAAGCUACUGGUUCAGCCUUUAAAUACAGUCAUUUGACACAUCCCAACUGGGGUUCGUAGCAUAGAGCAGCUGCUGACCUAGACUCAGGCUUUAAGACGAGCUGGUGUGUCGGCGUCACACUGCUUGGACAGCAUGAAGGCUCUCUUAUUCACCUGUAUGCUGGUGCCAUGGCUAGUGGCAGCCUCGGCCAGGAGGUUUGACCAGGACUCACAGCUGAUACCAAGAUCUCUACCUGGCAAGGAGCUGAACGGAUACUUCGGUGACCAUUUGAAAUCAAGCAGGGCUAGGAGGGCGCUGCCUCUUGCUGAUGAACCGGAUGACAGCCCAACCAAAGAGGAAGGAGACGUCUCUGACUUGCCCACCUGCCUGCUUUGUGUGUGUCUGACUGGUUCAGUAUAUUGUGAGGAGGUCAGUCCAGACAUGAUCACCGUUCCCAGCUUGCCAAAAGAGACGACCUACCUUUAUGCCCGCUUCAACAAGAUCAAAAAGAUCAGCACCAAAGACUUUGCUGACACAUUGAGUCUGAAGAGGAUUGACCUGACGGGAAACAUGAUCUCAGAGAUUGAAGAUGGGGCAUUCUCUAAGCUAAUCGACCUGGAGGAAUUGUCUCUGGCUGAUAACAGAUUGGUCAAACUUCCUAUGCUCCCUGCUGCCAAACUCAAAUCCUUCAAUGCCAACAAUAACCUCCUCAAAACCAGGGGUGUCAAAGCUAACGCUUUCAAGAAAAUGACCAAGCUGGCAAACCUGUACUUGGCCAACAACCAGCUGGAAGCUAUUCCACACAUCCCAGACAGUGUUCGGAUCUUACAUCUACAGAACAACAACAUCACUGAGGUCAACAUAGACACCUUCUGCAGGUCCAAUGACACCUACUACUUACGGCUGAGCCUCAGCGAGGUCCGUAUGGACGGCAACCCCGUGUUGCUGUCUAAGUAUCCCGACAGCUUCACCUGUAUGAAGGUACUGCCUAUCGGACAGUACCGCUGAGACAGAAACUUUACUGUAGCCCCUUUGUUGCUGAUGAAGCAGUUUUCCCACAGCAGAGUGCUGUGGGGAUACCGUGACGUUAUGGAUUUUGGGGUGCUGGUCCCAUGGUGGGGAUAAAGGUGUCAAUGUUCUUACUUCAGCAAACCUACAAACAGCUUGUGACAUUGUCAGGUCGAAAUGAAACCAUUCACUGGACUAAAGUUGUAGAAUUGAAGGAGUUUCUAUACUCUGGCCUUUUUCAGUUCCACUGACCGGUGGGGAAUUUAGACGUCUGCAUGAAGUUGCACGAGAGUUGUUAAGAGCUACAGUCACAUGAACUGGUGCAAAACCACCUGAGAAGGGUAAAGGCUUUAAUAUGCUUCAACAAACUAGUUCGUCGGACCAUGUUUAAAAUCAGCGUUUCUACUAGUUGUGUAUAUCUUCGCUGAAAGGCAGGGGGAAAGGCCUUCUUUGUCCUUUGAAUCAUGUAGUAUUGAUACAUUAAAUCAUACAAAAAGGAAUAGCGGCACACACUUUCAGACAAUCUCUCGUCUAAGGAAUGUAUGAUGUUUACAAGAAAAGUGAUGAAAGAGCUUGAGAAAGAAGUUCAAACCAUGUCUACUUCAUCACACCUGGCCAAUCCCUGCAUAGUGGACGUGCUCGUCAGAUUGUCAUUCCAGACAACAGAAUUUUUCUAACACAACUUUCAAUUCUGCCAUCAGAAAGGGGGGCUUUAGAUGAUGUUAAUAAAUUGGACAAACCCUUUGUUUUAAGCAUACUAAAGCUUUGACAGUGGGACUAAAGUGACAAAUAGCCAGAGAGAAUGAUUUAGGCCACCUGUUCAGAAGACGCCACAGGUGAGGUGCGUUCUAUGUCUUUUCCACAGGUGACGCAAUGCCAGUAGAACCGAUGUACUAAAUGAGUGAAGCGUCAACACCUCUACAAAGACAGUCCAAUUUAUUGUUUCAUUUUCACCUGACUCUGUACUACCUACAUGAAUGAAACUACUCAAACUGCUUGUGACUUUGAACACACACACACACACACACACACACGCACGCACUAAACAAGCCAACAGGCUUUCUUAUACUGUCAACUACCUGUUUCAGUUUAA